AUGGAGAGGGAGAAGAGAAUGGGAUAUUUAAAAAACGGUGAUGGGUCAAACAUGAAACGUGGGCUGUUGGAUUCCUCGAGAUGUAGGAAAGAAGGAUCGGAGGGUGGAGAGAGGAGAGAGAAGAGGGGUCCUCGUAAAUCGUGCGGUUCAAAAUUUGUAUUGGAGGUAGACGCUCCUCUUCUGAUU